AUGUGUGUGGCUGCUGUGGGUCUUUGUCCCGGAAGAGAUGUUGCACAGUUGGGGUAUCACCUACUACCCAGACAAGUGGUGGGCUGUGGCACUCCCCAUCUACUUGAUUCCUUUGGCCGUUUUCGUGCUUUGCAGCUACAAUGCAUUGAACAUGAUGGCGACCUGCCCCUUGGAUUCCGUUCACAUGUAUCGAGACCCUUCCACGCCUGUGGUGAAGCAGCUCUUUUCAGAGAAGGGCGACAUUCCUGA